AAAUUUUAAAACUGUUCUGGCUAGAUGUUUCUGUCCCAGAGCUUUAUACCUUCUUCUCUUUUUGCAAUAUUCAUCAUCCUUACAUGGUUUUGUGUAAUCUGGUUUUCCUGUCUUUGUGAAUUACAGUUUACAACUUACAGAAAAUAUAAACCUUUCUCAUUAGGACUCUUAUCUUUCCCUAAGAAAGAUAUUGUUUCUAAUCUGUUAUGAAGAAAUCCUGGAAAAACUAAAGAUUUGGUAUCAGUCCAUUCCCACAUUAGAGUGGUGAUAUGGAUAAACAGCAAGUAUUACAGCAGAGAGUCAGUUUACAGCAUGUAUUACUUAUUUAGGCAGAUAAACAAUAUUCAGACCUGAAAACACAGCUAAAAGAUGGAAGUAGUAGAUAUUUGUGCUUUGCAACAAUCUAGGUUAAUAAAGACCUAAGUAGAGGCUUGAGAUCUUAGAAAGUCAGGUCCACCAAAGACCUGCCUGUCAGUGCAGUCCUCCCAAAGCAGCAGCGACUAAUGCCCAAGACGUUUUCCUGAACAUCCUGUGUCACAGUUCUGAAUGCAAACAUUGGAGAAACCAUGUGGGGAAAGGGUGCACUGCAUCAGCUUGCAGUUAGAAGAAGAGAGAGAAGCAGUGAAGUUUAGGGCACCAUAAAGUGUGCAAAGUUUCUCAGGCAGGCAGGAUGGUAGCCUAGGUGUUCACUCAAAGCUGGAAAACCCCUGCCUGAAACCAUACUGAGCACCUUGGCUUUGAAAGAAGUCCCACACAGAGGUAUAUUUGCUAACUGUCAAGCAGGUAAUGGAGUAUAUUCCCAUUAUUCUAUGCCACUCAUAAAACUCAUCCCUACUACUAGGCUUUGGUUGAGACAUGGGUCAAGAUGUUAGUUUGUACAAAUAAACUUUGUUCUGCUUACACUAGAUCUUUAUUCUAGAACACAAGCAUAGAAAAAAUAUAGAGUAUCAUUUCCAGACAAUGGUGAAAUCUGGGCAAAGAAUAAUAAUAAAAUAAUAAUCUUAUAUGAUAUGUACAAUAUGUGCAAUAGACAAUUGAGAUGUUGCAGGCUUUAAACUUUUUCUUCUAGUUUGUCAGAUCUUUCCUGGUCUCUGCAGAAUGGUAAAAUUUUCUCCUAGAGGCUAAUCAAAAGUCUUGGAGGUUCUUUAAGUAAACUGGGAUUUGUUUUGGUGGUGGUGGUUCUUUUUAUUUAAUGAAACAUAAGGAUCUCUCUGAUAUGUAAGUUCUAUCUUUGCCUAUUCAGAUGUGUUAGUUUGUUUGGGCGUUUUUUUUCCCAUUGAAUAAGGGAAUUUAUAUAAAUAAGUAUUUUCCGAGUUCAGAAGCAGGAGCUGUAUUUCUCAGAGUUAUUUUAGCUGUGUGUUCAACUCAAGACUAAUAUUCUUACAGCUAAGCAAUUUAGAACAUUUUCAUAAAAUAUCUAUUCAGUCUGUUGUAAUUUUCUAAAGGAAAAUACCACCUUUUUUUACCAGCAUAAGGACAUACACAAUGGAAAAUGUUAACAGAAGAAACAGCCCUUCAAAGAUACAUAUUUUUGUUCACAACUUCGGAACAGUUUCAUGGAGAAUAUUUGCAGUUUAACUGGCCUUUUUUGCUCUGUUUCUGUAGAAUUUACUGAAGAUCUCUCAGAAAACUGGACACAAUCCAGCUGAAAUGAGUAUGUUCUCAAUGCAAUUGUAAGGCAGCUUUUGGUUUUCUCUUGACUGAAAUUUUGCCCCUUUUUUGAAAACACUUUGGGGAGCUUAUUAAAUGGCAAGUGCAGGAUAAAUUUCUCUCUCCUGAAUUCAGUCCAGACAUUUGAACGGAGAGAUGGUUACUGAUACUGCCCAGGAAACUGUUCCAAUGCAAACGGGUCAACAUUGUCUUCUCUGCUUUUGCUGGGACUGGCCCACUCAAAGGCAGGGUUAUUAUGGGACAGAGACAUUUCAAGACUCAUUGCUGUAUUAAGGUUUUAGUGAGGAUCAAUACUAGGCAUUUUAGCUUUCUAUUGCCUUCAUAAUACUUAUUUUAAAUUUUCACUACCCCCCUUAUUUCAAUGGGAGUUUACAGGCUGUCUGUUAUGUCUAAGAGAAGGGGUAGUUAGAAUUUAAGAACACCAGGCAUUGUACUCUUCUUUACAACUUAAGACUCCCAGGAGAAAGCAGCCGCCCUGCUUUAAGGAACAAGACCCACUGCCAUAGGUCAUGGUUUGCUACAAUCUCUCUCCAGUAACUCUGGGUAGGUGCCAUAUCUACCUCAAGCCUUUAUCAUUUAGGACACAUUACCAACCUAAUUUUUUAGUCUUGUAGCUAACUGCUUCUUCAGCUUGUCUUUCUUUUUUCAGAUUACAAAAACAUCAAGAUUGGGUAGAAUGUACCAGUCCUGGAGUGAUAUUGAAACUUUCUGUUUUGAAGGAUCACAAAUCCUUGUUCCAUGUGAAGGGGAACAGUUCUGAUGUUAGCACAGCUGUUCUCACUGGGAAUGCAUCUUUGGAGCCAAAUGCUUCUCUGAGUGUCUCCUUAGCCCUUUAAGAUUGGUCCAGAAGGUACUCUGUGAACUAGCGUAAGUGUAAAUAUGGCAAACAGCAAAUAAUUAGGAAAGGUUUGCCCACUGCUACUGGAUGUGUGUUCCAACUUUUUCAUGCUGUAUUUACCUUUAUGGUUGUUUUCUAGGUAUAUAAUUUCAGUAAGGCCUAAAAAUUAUUCAGAUCCCUGUGUCCCAAGGACAUGAAGGCAUAUGGAAAAGCAUCAGGACCACUUUCUGCAGCUCAUUCCUGAGUGGAUAAGUGAGAAACGAUCAUUCAGAUCUCUGCAGUUCACUCAGCCCACCAUGCUUUACUGAGGAGGACCGUUUCAGCCUAGAAGCUCUUCGCAUGAUCCAUAAGCAAAUGGAUGAUGACAAAGAUGGUGGGAUUGAAGUAGAUGAAAGUGAUGAGUUUCUAAGGGAAGAUAUGCAAUACAAGGAUGCCUCUAAUAAACAUAGUCACCUACACAGAGAAGACAAACAUAUUACCAUUGAGGAUCUGUGGAAACGCUGGAAAACAUCUGAAGUUCAUAACUGGACUCAAGAGGACACUCUUCAGUGGCUCUCAGAAUUUGUUGAACUGCCUCAAUAUGAAAAGAAUUUUAGAGAGAGCAAUGUCAAUGGGACAACACUUCCCAGGAUAGCAGUAAAUGAACAUGCUUUCAUGAUCUCUCACUUGAAAAUAAUUGACCGAAGCCAUAGACAGAAGCUUCAGCUUAAAGCUUUGGAUGUUGUUUUGUUUGGACCUCUCACACGUCCCCCUCACAACUGGAUGAAGGAUUUUAUAUUAACAGUUUCUAUAGUUAUUGGGUUUGGAGGCUGCUGGUUUGCAUAUACACAGAACAGAACCUCAAAAGAACAUAUCACAAAAAUGAUGAAGGACUUAGAAAGUCUCCAAACAGCAGAACAAAGUCUUCUUGACUUGCAGGAAAGGCUUGAGAAAGCACAAGAAGAGAAUAGAAAUGUUGCUGUGGAAAAGCAAAAUCUGGAGCGCAAAAUGAUGGAUGAGAUCAAUGAUGCAAAACGGGAAGCUCAUCGCCUAAGGGAGUUGAGGGAGGGAGCUGAAUGUGAGCUCAGCAGGCUCAAAUAUGCAGAGGAAGAGUUAGUACAGGUUCGCAUGGCAUUAAAAAAGGCUGAGAAGGAGUUUGAACUGAGAAGUAAUUGGUCCGUUCCUGAAGCUUUGCAGAAGUGGCUUCAGUUAACACAUGAAGUUGAAGUACAAUAUUAUAAUAUCAAAAGACAGCAUGCAGAAAUGCAAUUAGCAAUUGCCAAAGAUGAGGCAGAAAAGAUAAAAAAGAAGAGAAGCACUGUAUUUGGAACAUUACAUGUUGCACACAGCUCCUCCCUGGAUGAAGUGGACCAUAAAAUCCUUGAAGCAAAGAAAGCACUCUCUGAGCUGACGACAUGUUUGCGAGAGCGUCUUUAUCGAUGGCAACAGAUUGAGAAGAUUUGUGGUUUUCAAAUAGCACACAACUCUGGACUACCAAGCUUGACAUCAUCGCUCUACUCUGAUCACAGUUGGGUAGUUAUGCCUCGAGUUUCCAUUCCUCCGUACCCAAUUGCAGGGGGAGUUGAUGACUUAGAUGAAGAUACUCCUCCAAUAGUUUCCCAGUUUCAUGGGUCCAUUGUAAAACCUCCCAGCACACUGGCAAGAAGCAGUAGCUUAUGCCGAUCAAGACGCAGUGUUGUGCCAUCAUCUCCACAGUCUCAGCAUGCUUUGCACUCCCCUGACCCUGACAUCCUUUCUGUGUCAAGCUGCCCAGCUCUCUAUCGAACUGAAGAGGAGGAGGAAGCCAUUUACUUCUCUGCUGAUAAACAAUGGGAAGUACAGGAAACAGGUUCGGAAUGUGACUCCCUAAAUUCAUCUACUGGAAGGAAGCAGUCUCCUCCAGCAAGUCUUGAGAUAUAUCAGACACUUUCUCCUCAGAAAGUAUCCCCAGAAGAAUUCUCACUCGAGGAAUCAUCUACAGGAGACUCCUCUUCUCUAACUGCAGAUAUUUCUCCUGACUGUAUAGGCAUGGCAGAAACUAAGAGCAUGAUCUUUAGUCCUGCAAGCAAAGUUUAUAAUGGAAUCCUGGAAAAGUCCUGCAGCAUGAACCAGCUUUCAGCUGGGAUCCCAGUCCCGAAGCCUCGGAACACCUCGUGUUCUUCAGCCAGCAGUGAUAGUAAGCCCAGCCAUGAAGCUUCUUCUGUUCCUAGGAUAAGUAGCAUCCCACAGGACCUCUACCAAAAUGGUGAAAAAACCAAAAAGCCAUCAAAAAUAAAAAGCCUCUUUAAGAAGAAGUCUAAGUGAGGUUAGCAGAAGAAACCUAUAGUAAUGCUAUAAGAACUGUUUUUUUAAAAUCUUUAGGAAUGUAAUUCCAUUUGAGCAUUCCAGACUGGAUGCCCUAAUGGAAUGCUCAGUAGGUCAACUAUAUUUAACUGACUGUACUGUCAAAGGUUGUGCCAGCUGUCAAUAAGAAAUCAUUAAAAAGUUCAGACAGUUUACAUUCAUUUCUGCCUAUUUAUUUCCUUUUUCUAGUUUGUCUUUUGUAGUGUUUUUUUAGUUUGUUGUUGAUUUGUUGUUGGUUUGUUUUCUCUGUGUAUUCAUAAAUGAUUUUUAAGCCACUUUGGACUUCUGAGCUAUAACGGACUAGUAAGCCUUCCUGGGCUUGCCAAAGUUUCUUGUUUACUGGAGUAUCUUCCUAUCUUUCCGUAGAGCUAGGACAUUUAUCUACAGGACUGUAAGAAAACCAAAAGAAGUAGAACUAAUUGAAUUGCACUACUGUUUUACAGACUGGAGAAGUCUCUGCAAGUGAAAGACUUGUAUUUGACUGAGAAGAUGAAUCUUUUCACUUUUAGAUCUUUUGGGGUUUUUAAGUAGAACUUAGGAUUUCUAAUUGACUUGAUUUGUGGAAAUGGAAAUGCCAUGCAUUUAUUAUGGGAAGCUUUGUUAGAUGCAUUUAUUAUUAGAAUGGUUCAAGUCCUGCUGUAAAGAUCAUGUUUUUCCCAGGACUUUCACUGUGAUUUUGCUUCACUGCAGGCUGUAUGAUACACACACACACAAAAAUAAAAUAAAAAUAAAGAAAAUAAAAAAAUAUUAACAAGAGAAGAGGCUCUGGAUUCCUGAUGCAAGUGAUGGAGAUGAAACUUGACUGAGAACUGAAUUUACCUUCUUAAAAUGAGGAGGGGGAUAGUGGCUUUUGUUUACAGACUGACAGACAACGGACAUUUGGUUUGUGGAAGUUUGUACUGUGGUAAAGAUAAUAAACUGGAAACAUUAUUGUGCUUGGGAAUGUUCUGAUUUUAGCUGAUGCUUGUUUCAGACAUGUUUCAGAGUCCUAUUAAUUGAAAGCUGUUGUAGGCUACAUUGCUUAUGCUUACUGCUAUGUAUAAGUUAUUAUAUUUUUUGGAUUUGCUAUUGAUGUCUUAAUGUCCUCCUUUUGUAAAAAUUAAUACAUUUUAUUUUUGUAUAGUUUGAAGAUUUAGCUGUUCAGACAUGUCUAAAGUAAACGGUAUAAUUUUAUAAUGCAUACUGUUAUACUAACUCAUAAUUUUAGAUAUAAAGGUGAGACUCGACAUUCUUCAGAUAAAAGCAAUUUUUAUGUUAAACUUUUAUAAGGAGAGGUGAAAUUACUAAUAGGUAGCAAGGAAUCCUUCUUAGGGCAACAGUAGCUAGUAGUUUUUAAAAAAUGUUUUUACUUUUUUUUGAACAGUUGGAGACAACAAAUGUACUGCUUGAGCAACAGUGCCUUUUAUUCAGUUUGUCUGAAAAUACUGAGCAGGAAUUUCUUUUGAGGUACAUUCCAAAGAAAUAUUCCUUGCUCUAGUGAACACAAGCAGUUUACCCAGUGAUGACUAAAUGGUUUAAGCUCUUCCAUAGGAGUAUUCUAGUUGCCUCACUCCUUUCCAAUAUGUACAUGCUGUACUGUAUGAAAGAAUUAAUUCACUGCCUAAAUAAUUUCCUAGUAAGGAGCCUUCAAAACCUGUAGCUAAUUGAAAUCAAGUGAUAAAUGUUUUUUCUAUUUCCAUUUAGGUUCUGCUGUAUAUAACUGAUGUGUCGUCUCUGUCCUCAAGAAGUGGUGGUGAUGUUAACAGAAACAUUUGCUAUGGGUAGUAAAACUGCUAGAAGAGGAAGGUUAGGUAAUGGAUGGAGACCUUACAUAUGCAAGUACCUUGAAAGUCCUGGUACACUGACUAAUUCUGUAAGAGAACGUAAGGAAUCCAGAGUUCUACUGUCUUAACAAAGAACUAUUACAUGUUAUCUAUACAGAAAAGCAUAAGAGGAAUCAACUGUUUGGUAAAGUUUGGAGAAGGGAAAACUUGAUUGAACAGAAAAUGAGAACAUGUUAUUGUUCCAUUGUUUGCAGAAUUGUCAGAUUGAACAGCUAUAGCUGCAAAAAAAGUGAUCACAAAGUAACAGUGAUCUCUUUGAAUAAAGAAUUAUACACUCCGUGAUAGACAGUUAAAAAAACACAACAGCUAUGUAAAAAGACUUGUUCCAGGGAACCACCUCAAUGCUGAGCUUUCAGAGUUGUAGUUAAAAGCCUGAUGAAAUAUCUGAACCUUGUACAAAGGAGAAAAAAUAUGUGCAAGUAGGGAACUUUACAUCCCAAACUGCAUGGAGAAUACUACUACCACUAAAAUGUUCAGUUUUGAUGUCUGCAUUUCAGAGGGCUAUAACAAUAAUUUAGUUUAAAGUAAGAUCUGGGUCUGGACAGUAGAUCUUGCAGUGUGAGGUUUGAGGAACUCUGUCUCUAUCAUUACCAAAGAUGAUGAAGUGGCAUUUUGAUACUGGGGAGUAAAUAUUUACAAAUGGAAAAAAAAAUCUGGUACUGAGGAGUGGGAGGACAGCACUUCUUAAUCCUUGUAUCAGUCAGGCAAGCUCGAAUACUGAGAGGCCAGAAUAGACAAUUUCAGUUUCCUGUAGUAAGUAUAACUGAAAAUUGAAAUAGAAAUUGGACUCUUCACUGACUGUGAGUUAUGUUAUGGUGUUGUACAAGCAAAUUAGAUGGGAUUAUCAUAGUGAUAGAUUUUGGCUUCAAAGUGGCAAACCUUUGGAGCACAGACUGCUCUCAACACUCAGUUUAUCACCAGCUGUCCUGUAACUUUACAGCUGCUACUUAAUAAAUAUUAGAGAACUAAAGGUAUAAGUUAAUAUGAUUAGAAGUGGUGAGUAUUUUAUGUUGGAGCACAAAAUGUAAUUUUAAGUUAAUAAAGUUGCUUUUUUUGUUAUUGUUUUAAUAGACCCCUUGCACAUCUUGCCACCUGAAUUUGACCACAGUCUAAGUGAGUUGCAUUGCUCCUACUAUGGCUACUAUAGACAUGUUUAUAUUCAAACUAGUAGCAUCCUUUUGCUAAGGUAUGUCGAGAGCACUGACUCUGAGGUAGAUUCUUCAUGAAGCACCGGAUACAUGUUGACAUGUCAGAAGUGAGACAAUAUGCUUUAAAAGGUCUUACAUUAUUUUCUCCAUUUGCUUAAUGGUGUAACUUGUUCAAGUCAGUGAGUUGAUCUGGCAUUCCAACCAUGAGGAUUUCUCUGACAUGUCAGUCAUUUGAGGCAAUUGUCUAGUGUCAUCACGUUUAAAUGCCUGAUGACUUCCUAAGCUCUGAAUGCACAACGGUUAUGUUACUUUUUUGAGCUCUUAUAGCUAAAAUCCAUGUUCUAAAUUUUCUAGUACUUUUCAGAAGGGAGAAUCUUUGUUUUCCUAAGUAUUUUGUUAAGAGUCCUUUGUCAGCACAGCAGCCCCUUUGUGGAAACUACCUGAAAGGCUUGUCCCUGAAGAGGUUACCACUUAAAUCUUUUACCUGUGAAGGGAAGAAGUGUUAAGUGUGUGGUUCUGUAUGAAGAAGAAAAAUACCCCAGUUCUUCCAAAACUGAAAAACCUGAACCCAUCCACAAUUCUUACUAAAGCUAUGUGACACUUCUUUCUUAAUACUGUCAAUUUUAGGAAAGAUUUCCUAGUUGCCAUGGGAGAUACUUUUGAGCAGCUUACAGUGGGCUUUGAUAUUAAAACAGGUCAGUCUUUCCCUGCUCAGUGAUGAAAUUUGAAAUUGUGUUUUGGCAGUUCUAGGGCUUAUGUCUAGGGCUUUCCUUCCCCCUCCUCAGUAGUACCUAGAUCUACCCUCUGCUUUCUGAUGGGCAGUUUGCUGAAUGAGGGAAGGUUCUCCAUCAUAGUCAAGGCAAUAAUGUUAUAGGAAGAAUACAGAUCCUCCCUGGAAGCCUUAAAGAUGGUGAGGCCAAGAAUACUUGACUUCAGAUUUCUUACGAUGUUUAUGGAUGUCACCUUGAGUUAGGCAUUAACUUAUGACUGAUUGAAACUCUGGAAGGUGAAAAUUAAUCAAAAUUGAAGCUUUCCAUAGUUUGCCCUUUUGCUUCCCAAUAGAUGGAAAAACAACACACAAAGGAGAGAGACAAGCUGUAAUUAGCAUUUCUCAUACUAGCAGCUUUUAGAGCUUCAGGGUAGUUUCAUUCCAUGAAUACAUGAGAUACAUUGCUAGGGAGGGAUUACUACCUUAAUUUUAUAAUGUAUGCAAAGUAGCAUUUGGUUUUCAUUUACUUCCAGGCAGGAGAGAAAAAGAAAGAAACUGAAUGCUUAACUUUAAAAUGUGGGGGGUUUUGUUUGGUUUUUUUUGUUUGUUUGUGGGUUGUUUUGUUUUUGUUUUUUAGCCAAAUAGAGGAAUUACUGGUUCUUGGACCUCUUUAUUUGCUUAUCGCCUUGUACAAUAUGUUAAAUAGGGUGAACAUGUUUUUUUAUCUGUUCCAGUUGCACUGACUAAAGUGAGGCAUUGCUAUCUCAUGUAUGAAACACUGCCUGCUCUGGAUUGCUGUAGGCAUUUUAGUCCUGGGUAUUGCAUCUUCAUUGAAUAAUGGUUAAGCCUACUAAGGCUGGUUGAUUACAAGUGCUGGUACGCUUUUCUACUAGUGACUUAAAAUAUGGACGUUAAUAUAACCAAUAACCAAAAAAGGCUUUUGCCAGUAGAGUUUGACUGCCUGACAGCAUGUAAAUGUUUGGGUAACCAUUCUUUGAGGCUUCAGUAACAAUCCAACAGAUUCGUACACAUUUCAACAAAUAGCUUUCCCCUCCAGCCCUGUAGAGACAGUGCUGAUCUGAAACUCCACUCAGUCCUCUCUUGUGUAAACAGAAUACACUGAUUCAUAUAAACUGUAACAGUCUUAACCUUGAAACUGUUAUUCCCAGUUGCUUUUGCAUCUGACAUCACUUAAGUAAGAUGGCAGUACUUAUCAGUCCACUUAAGUCUUUCAGAAAUAAAACGGGUUUGUGUUUUAUUUUUUUUCUCUACAACUUUGAAUCCUCAAGUUUACCAAACUGUAUUCAUGUUCCAUGUAUUUAAUGCUUUUCUGAAAUGAAAGUGGAAAGGUUGCACUAUGCUUGAUGUUAAAAAGCACAUUUGAGCAGAAGAUGAAGAGUUCAUAGGUAUUACAUCUGUUUGUAAGUCAGAAUUCUAAGGAAGGCUCACAACUAACAUUGCUGGAGAUGAGAGGUACAUUCAAUCUAAAGCUUUCGUAUUAGUAAUUCUAUCCAAGAAAAAAACCAACUUAUUUAGACGUACUCUGCAGGGCCUUCAUGUUUCUAUUCCACAUUACCUUCAUAUUUCUAUUCCAUUUUUGACCCAGCAUUAAAUUUGGUGGUUACAGCACUAACUUACGUGAUUGCCAGACCUCAGAGCAGUUUCAGAUAGUGAUUUCAGUAGCACUUCUUAAAAGUCAGUUUUGGUUUAAUAUGUGCUAAAGGCAUCUAAAAUAGGACUUUCUUCUUCACAUUCCUUAUAUUUUUUUUCAACUCCGUUCUUUUUCAUCCCUCUACUGUUAAAAUAAACAGGUACUGAUACUUGAUUUAUGUUUAGAACACAGUAUUUUUUUCAGCUGAGAUUUGUUAAUAGAUUAAGUGGUAGAUAUUUACUUUUUAAAGCCUAGAUUAUGGUUGGAUAUUGUUGUAAAAACAAACUGCUGUAUCUCAGUUGAACUAUGUACAGCAUUGACUGGUGCAAUUUGUGUAGAAGUGGUGAAGUUAUCCUGAAAUUCUCCUUGUUUUUUCAUUUGUCUUGAUGCUACACAGUUUUUUUAAGACUUGAAUUCAUUUAAAAUUAAGGUCAGUAUGUCCAGCCCCACAAAAGUCAGUCUUCAGUUUUCAGCCAUCAGUUCAUGCUUCAAAAAAGAAUUAAACUCUUGAAUAUUUUACUAGCUUAUUAGCUUGUUAGGAGGUAGAAUGGGUUCCUGGAAGUCUUCAGGUAGAAGAUAGAGAAUUUCUGAAGUGAACCAGAUAUGCUGUGUUCUUUAUCAGCUUUCAAAUCCAUCUCCUAAUAAGACCAAGUCUCCCCAGGGGAAUGUAGAUGUACUUACUGCUUGGAACUUUGUAGUUAAUGAUAUUUGUUUAUCUAAUUCUAAUAACUUGCAUGUAUGCUAUGUUUGCCUGCCUUUCAAUAGCUGACGAAAGCUGUAGGAGAUCUUGGGGGUUUCUUUAAAAAAACUGCUGUUUAAAAAAAUAGAGUGGCAAGAGAAAUCUAUCAGACUGUGAAGUGACUAAAACCAACAAAGAUCUCAGCUUUUUGUCUAAAAGAGUUAUUUCAAUAGUUCUUAAUAAAAUGAAUUGGGUAGCACGUGUAUUUUCACAUUGCUGUCUUCCAAGCAACACAAAUAAUUUACAUUUCAGCAAGGCUAUUUGAGAGCUGUCUUGCCCUGUUUUUAAUUUAAAUAACAUUGAGUUGUAGUGAGUGUUCAGCAUAUUAAUGUCUGACUUAAAAGAUUAGCAGAAAUUGAAUGACUUGCAUUGUUUUGUUCAUUUACAGCUUUAUAAAAAUGUAGAUAUCUGCAUAAAGCCUGUCAUUGGACCUAGGAGCAAGACAAGUUAUUAUGUGCGCAACUGAAAUCUUUCUUAAGAUGCUUUACUGUUCUGGGAAGAGAUAUUGUCCUCAGUGCAGAUUCUGCUCUUCCUCAGUUUUCUUAGCUUCUGUUUGGUUUUCAUUAGUUGAACUAAAAUAAGAAGCAAAGCCCUCAGACUGACUAGUUUCUGUCUCUCUAAUAUGCACACACUAUACUUUUAACCUCAUCUACUGCAUGUUCUUAAUACUGUACACAAAUGCAGUUGAAGUAUUUCUUUGGUGUUGGUACAGCAUGAUGCAUUUCAUUCCCCUUUCUAGUUUACCUCUCGUUAGCUAUAUAAUGCUUUACAACUGGAAAAAAAACCUGAGUUUUUUGGAAUUGAGUCUGUUUGCAUAUAAAAAUAUUUUUUUUUCCUGUCAGUCUUAUGAGAGAUGUCCUGCUUGGAGAGUCUCAAACAGUAUUUUCUUGUGUUUAUUCAUGUUACUUUGCUUUAUUUUAUAAGUGGAUAUUGAUUUCUGAUGUGUUGUUACGCCUAAUGUUGAAUAAAUCUGACUUCCAUUUUGAAAAGUGCAA